AUGUCUACAGCAGAUCUGAUGGAAAAUCUCAGAGAAGAACUAACCUGUUUCAUCUGCUUGGACUAUUUCACCAGCCCAGUGACCACUGAGUGUGGGCAUAGCUUUUGUCUGGUGUGUCUUCUCAGAAGCUGGGAGGAACACAAAACACCCUUAUCAUGUCCCGAGUGCUGGAGGACCUUGGAGAUCCCUCAUUUCCAGCCUAAUGAACGUCUGGGGAGACUGGCUGGUAUCGGCAAGCAACUCAGGUCCCAGGUGCUCCAGAGUGAGGAUGAGCAAGACAAUCAUGGGAGAAUGCUGGCAGGCACUAAAGUGUUCUCUGAUGAUGAUCAGAGCAUAAACUCUUUCUCAAGCCAAAGUCAUGGAAUAAACAGAGGGCAUCUCUUGAAUGAGGCUGAGGAGUAUCACAAAGAGAAACUCCAGGAAAUCUUAAAUAUGUUGUGUAAAAGAAAAAAGGAAGCUCAGGCUAUUUUAACACAUGAGAAGGAGAGAGUGAUAUUGUGUAAGGAAGAGACAAAGAAUUGUAAGCAGGUUGUUAUGUUAGAAUACAUGAAAAUGCAUCAGUUCCUGAAGGAGGAGGAACAGCUGCAACUCCAGCUACUAGAAAAGGAGGAAAAAGAGAACUUGAAGAAACUGAGGAACAACGAAAUCCAUCUGACCCAACAUAUCAGAAGCCUAAGCAAAAUGAUUGGACAGAUAGAGUCCAAGUGUCAGAAUUCAAGUAUAGAAUCAUUUGAGGAAGUGAGAGAACUCCUGGAAUGGAGUGAACCACUCUUGAAUCAGUGCCCAGAGGCCACCACCACAGAACUGAGUCUAUGCCGCAUCACAGGAAUGAGGGAGAUGUUGAGAAAAUUCAGCACAGACAUCACUCUGGAUCCAGACACAGCCAAUGCCUAUCUAGUCCUGUCUGCUGAUCUGAAAAGUGUUAGACAUGGGGGAACCAGACAGCCGUUACCUGACAACCCAGAAAGAUUUGACCAGUCUGCAACUGUGUUGGGUGCUCAGAUCCUCACCUGUGGGAGACACUAUUGGGAGGUGGAAGUAGGAAACAAGACAGAAUGGGAAGUGGGCAUCUGUAAAGACUCAGUGAGCAGAAAGGGGAACCAUCCAAAACUCCCUGGGGACCUCUUCUCACUCAUCGGUUUAAAGAUUGGAGAUGAUUAUAGUCUUUGGGUCUCAUCACCUUUAAAAGGUCAACAUGUUAAAGAGCCUGUUCAUAUGGUUGGUGUUUUUUUAGACUAUGAAUCUGGACAUAUAGCAUUCUACAAUGUGAAAGAUGAGUCCCUCAUCUAUAGUUUCCCUCCAACUUCUUUCCAAGAAGCUCUCAGACCUAUCUUUUCCCCUUGCCUCCCAAAUGAAGGAACAAACACAGGCCCUCUUACCAUCUGCACUCUGAAUAGCUAUGCCUGA